GUAGCCCAAAGUAAGUCACUCAAGCAUUCAAAAUCGGUUAAAGCUGCAUCACGUCUCUCUAAAUUCCUCUCCUUCGAGUGAUUUAAUCGUCGACAUGGCUGGCUCCUUGGUCCUUAAGCUCUCAGGCAUGGUGCUGCUGUGUAUGGUGGUGGCUGCACCAGUUGCAGAGGCGGCCAUAACAUGUGGGCAGGUGGCUAGCAGCGUGGGGAGUUGCCUUGGUUACCUCAGGGGUACGGUUGCUGCAGUCCCUCCAAGCUGCUGCAAUGGCGUCAGGAGCCUCAACAAAGCGGCCGCUACCACACCUGACCGCCAGGCCGCCUGUGAGUGCCUGAAAAAGACCGCUGGUUCCAUCCCCGGACUCAAGCCUGGUCUUGCUGCUGGCCUCCCAGGCAAAUGUGGUGUUAGUAUUCCUUACAAGAUCAGCACCUCCACUAACUGCAAAACGUAA